AUGCGUGCCGUCCAAGUCAGCGAAUAUGUCAAGGGACCCCUGGACCUAAAAGUAACAACAGUCCCAACUCCAGCCCCCUCACCAGACAAAUACCUCAUCGAAAUCCACUCUGCGGGGACAAACUUCUUCGACAUCCUCCAAAUCCAAGGCAAAUACCAACACCAACCGCCCCUACCAUGGAUCGGCGGCGCCGAAUUCGCCGGUACAAUCAUCGCAGUCCCAACCUCCCCAGCCAACCGCUUUAAAGUCGGCGACCGCGUCUUCGGCGCCACACAGGGCGCCUACGCAACUCACGUCCUGGCCGCAGAGCAGACCCUCCUCCCCGUGCCGGAGGGGUGGAGUUUCGAAGACGCGGCCGGAUUGUUCGUCACGGCGCCGACGUCGUACGGGGGUCUGGUGCAGCGCGCUGGCGUCAAGGCCGGUGACUGGGUGCUUGUUCAUGCGGCUGCGGGUGGGGUUGGGCUUGCUGCUGUGCAGAUUGCGAAGGCGAUGGGUGCGACGGUGAUUGCGACUGCGGGGACUGAGCGGAAGAGGGAGAUUGCGAAGGUGUUUGGGGCGGAUUAUGUGGUUGAUUAUGGGGAUAAGGCGUGGCCGGAGACUGUGAAGAAGAUUUGUAAGGAGAAGAGAUCUGGGAAUGGGGCUGCCGGGGUGGAUAUCGUUUAUGACCCAGUGGGCAUGAUCGAUGCGAGUUUGAAGUGUGUGGCGUGGAAUGCGCGCUUGCUGGUUAUUGGGUUUGCGGCCGGGAAGAUUGAAAAGGUUGCGCUGAACCGGGUGCUGCUGAAGAAUGUGAGCAUUGUUGGUUUGCAUUGGGGUCAGUAUGCCAAGUUCGAGACGGAGACUGUGGGUGAGGUUUGGCGGGGGAUCUUUGACCUUGUGAAGCAGGGAAAGUUCAAGGGGACAUCAUUCAAGGAUGAGAGCUUUGUUGGAUUGGAGAGUGUGCCUCGGGCACUGCAGGCACUGGGUGGUCGGGAGACCUGGGGCAAGGUUGUGGUGAACGUUGUGGGUGAGGCGAAGAGCAAGCUGUAG